CGAAUACUAUUCUGUGCCGAUUAAUGGGUAUCCAAUAUUUUGAAUUUUUAUUUUUGUUUAAUUUUGGUUUAACAUGUCUUCAUCAAAAAUUAUCGAACUGGAUGAAACCAACACAUGCAAAAUCUGCGAUAAUGCUCUUGCAAAAUACUCAUGUCCCAAGUGUAAUAUAUUAUAUUGUUCUUUAAAUUGCUAUCAAGCCAAUUCACACUUGGAAUGCAGUGAAAGUUUUUAUAAAGACAAUGUCUUUGAAGAACUUAAAUUUGACAAAGAAAGCCCAGAAUCUAAGGAGAAAAUGGUAGAAAUUUUAAAGCGAUUUCAUGAUCGAAAUCUACUACCUUCUGCUGAUAUAGACGAAUCGUUUGGAGAAUAUUCAGGAUUUUCUAUUGAGGAUAUUUUAAAUUUUGAUCCUGGAGAAUCCGAUGAACUCGACUCUGAUGAUGAAGAUGUGAUGUUAGAUAUUGGAGAAAGAUUGCAAGGGGUUAAUUUAGAUGAUGCUGAGAAAGUAUGGGAUAAACUUACAGAUAGUGAAAAGCAAGAUUUCGUAGCUUUUUUAAAAUCAGAAGAUGUUUCUAAUUUGAUACCUUCUUGGCAACCUUGGUGGAUGGUUUAUAAUUCUACCUUGGUAGAAGAAGUUGAAAAAGUGGAUGAUUAUAAAAAGGAUUGCCCAAAAAUAUGUUCCAUUAAAGAUUUCUCUAUAUUAAGUUCAAAAGCACCUGCUGAAUGUGUCAAAUAUAAUUUAAUAAAUAUUCUUACUGCGUAUGCUUUCACCACAAGAUAUUUUAAUGGAGAACAUUUUGAGUUUCCUCAUCAGGCUGUGAGUUGUAUUGUAACUAUUUCUCUGACUAUGAAAGUGGGUCAAGUGUUUGAAGACUUCGAAACUGCUGUGAAAUCUGUAGAACAGGAGUGUAUAAACAGUGACUGGAUAAUGACUGAUUCUGAAAAUAUUGAGAUAAUGAGGCAGGACAUAGAAAGGAUACUUAAAGGACCAAAGAAAUCAGAACCAAAGUUUUAUAUAUUAUGUGCUUUAUCGGAUAUUAACCACCUGUUAAAUAGUUCUCUUAAAGAGACUAAUGAAGCAAAAACUUCGGAUGGAUUUUCCAAACUAUUUCCCAAUCACCAUUUUCCUUCCGUUAAGCUGGAACAGCCCGAUAAAAUUAAAACUCAUAUAAAGAGAAUUGAUUAUUUUUUAUCGUAUACUAAUGAUCUUUUUGAAUCUUAAAACGAAAUCAUACAUUUUUUUUAUUUUGUUUAUUUUUAGCAUUUUUAUAAUGUCAAAUCAAAUUAUAUUCAACACUAGAAGUUUAUCUAUGAAUUAAAAUUAAAAUUUGUAUGUAAAUAA